CGCUGACAAACAGCAACAGCAGCAGCAAGACCAGCCAGCCACUCGCCUCAUUUCUCAUCACCCGCCCGUCCACUGAGCGAGCAAGCGACAAAGCAAGACAGCAAGCGGAGCAAAGAUGGCUGGUCGGACGUACGAUGUGGUUGUGUUUGGAGCGACCGGGUUCACGGGCUCGCUCGUGGUGGAGUAUCUGGCUCGCGCCUAUGCCACCAAAAGCCUCAAGUGGGCCAUUGCCGGCCGCAACGAAGCCAAACUGAAGGACGUGCGCGCGUCUGUGGCCAAGAAGCUGAAGGAUGAGACUGUCAACAAGGUCGACAUCAUUGUGGCAGACGCAAAGGAUGCGCCCGCCCUCAACAAGAUGGCCAAGGCCACCAAGGUCGUCCUGUCCACCACCGGACCCUUCUGGAAGUUUGGCAGCGACCUGGUGGCUGCCUGCGUCACCAGUGGCACCUCUUACUGUGACAUCACUGGAGAGUCCCCAUGGGUGAAGGAGAUGAUCGAGAAGCACGACGCCACAGCAAAGGCCAACAAGUGCCGCAUCGUCAGCUUCUGCGGCAUGGACUGCAUCCCGUCUGACGUGGGCUGCCACGUUGUUGCAAAGCAUCUGCGCGAGAAGCACAAGUGCGGCGUCGACCACAUCAACUCGUACAUUCUCGCCAUGAAGGGCGGCGUGUCGGGUGGUACCAUCGCCAGCAUGUUCAACUUCUUCGAGCAGCCAAACUUUGCCGAGCUCCGCAAGGAGAUGGGAAGUCCAUAUGAACUCAUUCCUCGCGACGGUCGCCCUUCAAUCCGUCAGCCAGACGCGAACGCGGUGUCGUAUGAGGAGGAGGUGCAACGCUACACCACCCCCUUUGUCAUGGCAGGCGUCAACAGCAAGAUUGUGCACCGCACCAACUACUUGCUCAACCACAUCUACGGACCGGAAUUCCGCUAUCGCGAGAAGAACACGGUCAAGGGAGACGGCUGGGGCAGCUGGCUCUCUGGAUGGCUGACGACGCUUGGGCUGGGCGCCUUUUCAGUGGGCGCGUACUUCUCCCCCACACGCAACCUCCUUCGCCGCAUGCUGCCCAAACCAGGCGAGGGUCCAGACGAACACACGCGCGAGACAGGGAAGCUCGUCAUGCGCUUUUAUGGUGUUGGUGACAGCGCCGCCAAGCCCAAGGCCGUCGCCACCUUUGUCACGCACCACGACCCAGGAUACGCCGAGACGGCGACGAUGCUUGCUGAGUCAGCAAUUUGUCUUGCGCAGGACACGGCCAAGCUGCCCGAGCGCUAUGGAUUCCUCACGCCCAUUGCCGCAAUGGGUGACACACUGGUUGCUCGCCUCCAGGCUGCAGGCAUCGACAUCACUGUUGAGGACGACAAGAACACGUCCUCCACACCACCGUCCAGCCUCUGAUCCUGGCACAGAUUGGAACCAAUCCCGCAUGAUGCAAUGCAUGCUUUCCUUCUCAACCCCCUUACAUGCGCCCACAGCACCCCUGGUUUUUUUAUGUUUUCUUUCCACACAAUUGCGUUCAGUGCGCCCCUCUUACGUCCGUCCGUAUCUCAUCCUCUCAUCGUGCUGUUGGUUUAUUCCAUUGCGUGCAACGCAAUCCAUACAAGCAAGACACAC